UCAGCUUUUCAUCAAAGAAAAAAAGUGUAGCAAGAUGGGUCGUGGAAAAAUAGAGAUCAAGAGGAUCGAGAACACUACAACAAGACAAGUUACAUUUUCAAAAAGAAGAACAGGAUUACUCAAGAAAACUAACGAACUUUCUGUGCUUUGUGAUGCACAAAUCGGUCUCAUCAUUUUCUCAAGCACUGGGAAACUUUUCCAGUAUUGCUCUCAACCCUAUAGGAUGGAUCAGAUUAUUGAAAAGUACCAGAGAUGUUCUGGUAAACGAAUAAUUGGGGAGCAUGAUCAUCAGAUUCACCAUAGGGAAGAAAUGUUUCAUGACAUGGCAAUGCUGAGGCAAGAAAGUCUUCGUAUUGAAUUUGGAAUUCAAAGAUAUCUUGGAGGUGACAUUAACUGUUUGAAGUAUGAUGAUUUGACUAAACUUGAAGAGGAAUUAGAGAUUUCUCUUGCUAAAAUUCGAUAUCGUCAGAAUGAGCUUGUGCAGCAGCAAAUGGAGAAUCUGAGAAGGAAGGAAAGAAUAUUGGAAGAUGAGAACAUAAAUUUAUCUAACUGGGAUCAUAGGGCAAUGAUGGAAGAAAACAAAAGAGUGCAAGAACAUGUAAUGGAUCAGUUUCCAUUUUUUGAGGACCAACCUUCUAGUAGUUUCCUUCAACUUGCUGCACCUGUUCUUAGUCCUUAUCUUCAGCUUGCUCAGCCAAAUACUCAAGAUUAUUUCAAGGCUAGGGACUCUGAUGAGCCAUAAUUAUUAUUAAAUGAUUAUGUUAUGUUAUAUUAUAUUCACCUAGAAGACAAUAUUUUAGUUAUUUAUAUAUUGGUAUUAUCAGUAGUUAUGUUUUAAUCAAGCUAUAUACAUUGUGGUUAUAGCCACUGGCCAGAGUCUAAA